AAGCCUUCCGUCGCGAGGCGGAAGCCCGGCUCCGGGUCGGGAUCCGAGUCGGAGCGACAGGCACUUGGGUCCUCAGUGGAUGCCUCUCGGCCCCGCCGCUGCCCCGCGCCGCGGGACGGGGAGACCGGUGUCUGGGAGAUUUCCUCAGCUUCAUCUUCCACUCUUACUGUUACAGGCAUACCUCAGAGAUAAUGCGGGUUCCGUUCCAGACCACCACAAUAAAGCGAGUUGUAGUCUUGCUGCUGGAGGGUUUUGCCUUCAAUUUGUAAAAAAACAACAUCUAUGAAGAGCUGUAAAGCGAAGUGCAAUAAGAUGAGAACCACUGGUCUAGCUCAUGGGCUUUGAAGUCAGACCUGAAUUUAAAUCCAGUCUCCUGUCAGGGUCAAGACACUGGAGCAUGGCUACGAGCAGCAGAAACAGCGAUUUUGUGAUUCUGAGCAAUGGCAGCAUUGCGGCCAGUGCUGCCAACCCGAGUCCCCUCACCGCCUGUGACGGAGACCUUGCAGCGCAGCAGCUCACACCCAAAGAAGCACCAAGGGCAAAAGUGAGUCCCAAUGGAUGCCUGCAAGUGAAUGGCACAAUUAAGUCAUCCUUCCUGCCUUUAGACAACCAAAGAACACCUCAGAUGCUACCCCAGUCCUGCCACCCUUGCCCAUACCAUCAUCCUUUGACCAGCCAUCACGGUCACCAGGAGUGCCAUGGCGAGGCUGGUGCUGUGUCACCUUCCGCUUUGGCCCCGUGUUGCAUGCAGCCCGCCUCGGAGUACUCUGCCUCUCUGUGCCCGCAUCACGCCCCUGUUUACCAGACCACGUGCUGUCUGCAGCCCUCGCCAUCCUUCUGCCUGCAUCACCCGUGGCCCGACCAUUUUCAGCAUCAGCCUGUGCAGCAGCACAUAGCCACCAUAAGACCAUCCAGACCUUUCAAGUUACCAAAAAGUUAUGCAGCCCUGAUAGCCGACUGGCCAGUGGUGGUACUGGGCAUGUGCACGGUGUUCAUUGUGGUCUGUGCCUUGGUUGGAGUCUUGGUGCCAGAGCUUCCUGACUUCUCUGAUCCAUUGCUGGGUUUUGAACCAAGAGGGACUACAAUAGGCCAGAGACUGGUCACGUGGAAUAACAUGGUGAAAAAUACAGGAUACAAAGCAACAUUAGCCAAUUAUCCCUUUAAAUAUGCAGAUGAGCAAGCCAAAAGCCAUCGGGAUGAUAGAUGGUCAGACGACCAUUAUGAAAGAGAAAAAAGAGAAGUUGAUUGGAACUUCCACAAAGACAGCUUCUUCUGCGACGUUCCAAGUGACCGAUAUUCCAGAGUAGUAUUUACUUCAGCCGGAGGAGAGACAUUGUGGAAUUUACCAGCAAUUAAAUCAAUGUGCAAUGUAGAUAAUUCAAGGAUCAGGGCUCACCCCCAGUUUGGUGACCUCUGCCAGAGGGCCACAGCCGCUUCCUGCUGCCCCAGCUGGACGCUGGGGAACUACAUCGCCAUCCUGAACAAUCGGUCGUCCUGUCAGAAAAUCGUGGAGCGAGAUGUCUCUCACACCUUGAAGCUGCUUCGGACCUGUGCCAAACACUACCACAACGGCACCCUGGAGCCAGACUGCUGGGACAUGGCGGCCCGAAGGAAGGAUCAGCUCAAGUGCACCAACGUGCCGCGGAAAUGUACCAAGUACAACGCCGUGUACCAGAUCCUCCAUUACUUGGUGGAUAAGGACUUCAUGACCCCGAAGGCCGCUGAGUACGCCACGCCAGCGCUCAAGUCCAGCAUGCUCUUCUCUCCCACCGAGAAGGGGGAGAGCAUGAUGAACAUUUACCUGGACAACUUCGAACACUGGAACUCUUCCGACGGCGUCACCACCAUCACCGGGAUCGAGUUCGGUAUCAAGCACAGUCUGUUUCAGGAUUACCUUCUGAUGGAUACUGUGUAUCCCGCCGUCGCCGUUGUCAUCGUCCUGCUGGUCAUGUGCGUCUACACCAAGUCCAUGUUUAUCACUCUGAUGACCAUGUUUGCCAUCAUCAGCUCCUUGAUCGUGGCCUAUUUUCUCUAUCGCGUAGUAUUUAACUUUGAGUUUUUCCCCUUUAUGAACCUCACCGCCCUCAUCAUUCUGGUGGGCAUCGGAGCAGACGACGCGUUUGUCCUGUGUGAUGUUUGGAACUACACCAAAUUUGACAAGCCCCACGCGGAAACGUCGCAAACGGUGAGCAUCACCUUGCAACACGCAGCCCUCUCCAUGUUCGUCACCAGUUUUACCACCGCGGCUGCCUUUUACGCCAACUAUGUGAGCAACAUAACAGCCAUCAGGUGCUUCGGGGUGUACGCGGGGACGGCUAUAUUGGUGAACUAUGUUUUGAUGGUGACGUGGCUUCCAGCAGUCGUGGUACUGCAUGAGCGGUAUCUCCUCAAUAUAUUCACUUGCUUCCGGAAGCCUCAGCAGCCGGUCUACGAUGACAAAAGCUGCUGGACAGUGGCUUGCCAAAAGUGCCACAAAGUGCUGUUUGCCAUUUCAGAAGCCUCUCGCAUUUUUUUUGAAAAAGUAUUGCCGUGCAUCGUCAUUAAGUUUCGCUACCUUUGGCUGUUCUGGUUCCUCGCCUUAACGGUCGGUGGGGCCUACAUCGUGUGUGUAAAUCCGAAGAUGAAACUGCCCUCGUUGGAGUUAUCCGAGUUUCAGGUGUUCAGGUCAUCUCACCCUUUUGAACGUUACGACGCUGAGUACAAAAAGCUUUUCAUGUUUGAGCGUGUCCACCACGGAGAGGAGCUCCAUAUGCCCAUCACAGUGAUCUGGGGAGUGUCCCCAGAAGACAACGGCAACCCGCUGAAUCCCAAGAGCAAAGGGAAGUUGACAUUAGAUAGCAGUUUUAACAUCGCCAGCCCAGCUUCCCAGGUCUGGAUUUUGCACUUCUGUCAAAAACUGAGAAACCAGACGUUCUUUUACCAGACCGAUGAGCAGGACUUCACCAGCUGCUUCAUCGAGACGUUCAAGCGCUGGAUGGAAAACCAGGACUGUGACGAGCCUGCCCUGUACCCGUGCUGCAGCCGCUGGAGCUUCCCCUAUAAGCAAGAGAUUUUUGAACUGUGCAUCAAGAGAGCCAUCAUGGAGCUGGAAAGGAGUACGGGGUACCACUUGGAUAGCAAAACCCCAGGGCCGAGGUUUGAUAUUAACGAUACAAUCAGGGCAGUGGUUCUAGAGUUCCAGAGCACCUACCUCUUCACACUGGCUUAUGAAAAGAUGCACCAGUUUUAUAAAGAGGUGGACUCCUGGGUUUCCAGUGAGCUGAGCUCGGCCCCCGAGGGCCUCAGCAAUGGCUGGUUUGUCAGCAACCUGGAGUUCUACGACCUCCAGGACAGCCUCUCCGACGGCACCCUUGUUGCCAUGGGGCUGUCUGUGGCUGUCGCAUUUAGCGUGAUGCUGCUUACCACUUGGAACGUCAUCAUAAGCCUGUACGCCAUCGUUUCAAUAGCUGGGACUAUAUUUGUUACUGUGGGUUCUCUCGUCCUGCUGGGCUGGGAGCUGAACGUUCUGGAGUCUGUCACCAUUUCGGUGGCAGUUGGCCUGUCUGUAGACUUCGCUGUCCAUUACGGGGUUGCUUACCGCUUGGCCCCGGAUGCCGACCGAGAAGGGAAGGUGAUCUUCUCCCUGAGUCGCAUGGGCUCUGCGAUUGCCAUGGCCGCGCUGACCACGUUCGUGGCGGGCGCCAUGAUGAUGCCGUCCACGGUCCUGGCCUACACCCAGCUGGGCACCUUCAUGAUGCUCAUUAUGUGUGUCAGCUGGGCUUUCGCCACCUUCUUUUUCCAGUGCAUGUGCCGGUGCCUUGGGCCACAGGGCACCUGUGGUCAGAUUCCUUUACCUAAAAAACUCCAGUGCAGUGCCUUCUCCCACGCUUUGUCCACAAGUCCCGGUGACAAAGGACAAAGCAAAGCACAUGCCCUGAAUACUUACCACGUAGACCCCCGGGGCCAGAAAUCCGAAAUGGAGCAUGAGUUUUAUGAAUUAGAGCCUCUGGCUUCCCACAGCUGCACUGCCUCUGAGAAGACCACGUACGAAGAGACCCACAUCUGCUCUGAAUUUUUCAGCAGCCAGGCGAAGAAUGUCGUGAUGCCUGCGCCGGCAGCUUACAACAGUGAGCUCCACAAAAGCGCCCCAAAUGACUCAAGAUCCGCCUUGUUACAGGCCUCUCCUGAACAGCACACCAUGUGUCACUUCUUCUCUCUGAAUCAGAGAUGUAGCUGCCCAGGUGCCUACACACAUUUGAAAUAUGGCCCACACUCUUGCCAGCAGAUGGGUGACUGUUUGUGCCACCAAUGUGCCCCUACUGCCAGCAGCUUUGUGCAUGUCCAAAAUGGCGUGGCACCUCUGAAGGCGGCACGCCCAGCCCCCGAUGGCUUCGUGCAUCCCGUCCCGCACAUCCACCGCUGUCCCUGCCUACAGGGCAGAGUGAGACCCCCUGGGAUGCAGAAUUCUCUGCCCAGGAGUUUUUUCCUCCAUCCAGUGGGGUCCAUCCAGGCCCAAGAAAAAACUGCUAAGACCAGCGUACACAGUCUUCAGAGCAUAGAAGACCAUCUUCCAAAGAUGGCAGAGCCCUCAUCAUUUGUUUGCAGAAGCACGGGGUCUUUAUGCAAAGCAUGUUGCCAUCCUGAGAAUGACCAAAGUGGACCCUAUAAAAAUAGAGACAUCAGGAAUAUGGAGGGCACUGGAGGGACUGAAAACCAGGGCUCCAGUUCAGUCAAUGCGACCGAUGGGGCAGAAAGGGAAGCUGAGCCCAGCUUGUCACAGACUGAUGUCAUUGUGAACUCAGAACGUUUAAAUCAUAAUGAACCAAAAUUUAUAUCGAACCAUUUCAUGGGGGAGGCUGGUUAUGGGUCCUGCCCUAACAAUCCACCAAGUUGUGGCAGAAUUGUGCGAGCGAGGUGUAGUUCUGUGGACUGUCAAAUGCCAAACAUUGAAGCCAACGUGCCUGCUGUCUUACACUCAGAACUUUCCGGUGAAAGUUUGUUAAUAAAAACACUUUAAUAAAUACAGUAUUAAAUUCAGAACCAGCGCCUCAGUUGUUCCUUUGAAAUGGAAGUAAAAUCCAGAAGUUUAGAAAGGGAGCCCAAAAACGCAGGAAUAAGAAUGUUUCACUUCAUUAAAAAUCAUGGACAAUUUUUAUAUUCCGCACGAACAAUCGACAAAUUCAUAUCUAAUGAGCGUUGGCUGAUGACUGAAUUUUAUGUUUUCAAAAAUAUAGUUGUUUUUUACAUUUAUACCCAGCUUGAAAAAUAAUUGCCUCUUUCUCUCGCUUCUCAUAGAAGCGAAUCAGAGGGUUAGAGUUCGAAUGACCCAGAAGUUUCCAUUGUCCCUGGCAAUAAUAUUUACCUGACAUCUUUAUCCGGGGGCACUUGGUUGUCAGUAAUUAAGACAUUUGAUCGUGCAACAUAAAUACGGAUUUUAACAGUGUCACUUCAGUUGGGAUCCAGGAACUACACAAUAUGAAAAUUUAUAUUUUGGGUGAGGCCACAUUUAAAAACUAGUUGCCAAGUAUUUCAGUAGUAUGUCCCACCGGUCUGCAUGAGUAGACUUUACAUGAAGCCACUGACACAUUUAUAUCCGAAUCGGUAUCUUUUUCCACAUUAGUCAAGAAAUCACUGGCAUCAUCUUGUGUCAGAUGACAGUUAUGUUAGUACCACAGAAGGAUGAGAAUAAAGGAUACACUUCUUAGGAUAAGUUGCAUGUUGACAAAGGUAGACCCAGGUCAGGUGAAUCCUAGCCCUUUGAAGUAGAGUAAGGGAACUGGUUCUAUGCAGUUUGCUUCUGUCUCUGCCCCCAAGGAAACGUGUUCAGACAGCUGCCUCCUCCUGUGUUAGUGUCUCAAGAUGUGGAAGGAUGAUUUUAUUAUGCAACUAACACCUGGAAAUGCUGAGCCUUCAGGCGGCUUCUUAAGUGACACUUGUGUAUCUUAUGUUAGAUCAGUCUACAGUAGCUGAGCUGUUGGAGCAUGCUUUCUGGGUUAAUACUUCAGAUGACACAGCUGUCCUUCACAGGGUGUCAUUCGAUACUGACUGUGCAGGGAACCCUCCCACUGCAUUCUGCUUCCUCUAGGACACUGCCUCCAGUUGGGUCCUCUGAAGAAAACUGGUGAAGAUAUUUCUAAAUACAGUGUUCUUUCCAAAAGUUAUAUUCGUUUUCUAAGCAUAGUUUUCCAAAUUAGAUCUGCGUAUUAUUCGGGGCCUGCAAAAAGCUUUCAAGAGUUGCAAGGGGUCUCAUGUUUCAUUGACUCUAACCCACCUCCACCAAACCACAUUUCUAAGCAGCUUUCCAGCUUUCACUUGACCACUUCAGUGACGGGGAACUCCUACACAACUCCCUUGGUUAAACCCAACUCUGUUAUCCUGUAGUUUUUCUACAGUUUUGGUCCUCAUUCUGCUCUAUGAAGUAAAAAUAAACAUCUCUGAUCGCUUUGCCACAUGGCAUCCUGAGAGAUACUUGGAAACAGUAAUCGUGUCCUCCCACUAACGUCCCCAGUUCACUGCCCUUCCUAGGACUGGGUUUGAAGCAAUUAAAACCCUGAGUAGGAAGUUAUGGUCUCUGGGUCAGUAAGGUUGUUGUAUUCCCUGCCCAAGUGGAGGACCCAAAACGACUGAUACAGUGCAGAAAGGAGGGCCAGCCCCAAGGAGACUGGAUGGUACUCCUGUGAGCUCACUUCAAGAUGAAAAUUACUUGGACUCGAGCAUCACAGCUGAUGGUCAUGUAGCUUAGAGAAAACGAAACCCACCAUGUCUCGCUCACCGGUACUGCUGCUACACUGCCUUUGCAGACCAGUUUCUGACAGCGAAGUUCAAGACCAUAUGUCUACCAGCAUUGCGCUUAAUACUGUUAGAGAAAUCUGAGGAAUCGGGGAGGAGAUGGGAACACUUGGAAAUAGGAUUCACAAUCCCAAUACGAGAUUGUUGGCUUUUCUUAUGAAAUAUGUAACCAUAACGUUGGCUAGUGAAAAUUUAGUGACACAAAUGCACUUUUAUUUUUAUUUUUAUUUUUGCUGGCAUGAACACAGAUUGAACUUCAGGGUGAUAGGAGAAGCAAGCUUUUUACAGAUAGCCCAACCUGAAAGACGUCCACGUGAGGCAAGUGUCAUUUAAUUUAGAAAAUAAAAAUUUAGAAAAUAAUUACCCUGAACCUUGAAUGUGGCAGGAACAUUUUCACAUUGAUUUCAUCUAGACUUAGGACUUUUAAUUAUUUUUCAUGCCAGAAUUUUUAAAAAAGCAUUUAUUAGCUGGGACUAGAAGGCUUUUUUUUUUUUUUUUAAUCAUUACUGGGCAGCAAAAUAUUAUUUCUAGUUGUGUUUCACAAAGAAAUUUCAUCCAUUGGCCCCUUCUAGAGAAUUGCAAAGCAGAUAACAGGUUAAAUUACACAGAAAAGGAAAGAGCCCUUUCACUGUGAAAUAUUUGUAACUUGGAGGGGUUUUACUCAUGGAAAGGAUUUGCAGACUGUCACUACAAUAGAACACGCUUGAGGUUUGUUCCUGACUUCUUCCCAGCUAGGUCACUUUUAAAUCCCUAGUUGAUUGAGGAGUGGAAUAGGCCAAGAGCACAAAGGUUUUCAUGGAGAACAGCUGUACUGUUUGAAAUAACCACACAGCUUCAUCUGUGUAUAUUAAUUUCGUGUAUGUAAUUGCUGUAAAAUGCACAUCCUCCCCAAACAAUAUUCUUUAAAGUGAUGCUAAGCUGUUAUUAUAUUAAAUUUUAUGACAAUAAUCUACGUCCCGGUCUGAAUCAUUUUAAAUUUUAAAACUUUUGCAAUGCGUAAUAUGAAGAAUAGUUUUACAAAUGUGGUCUUACAGAAGAUUAAGAAAUAUUCCUGAUUUGCGUCGUUUCACAUGGAAACCAUCUUUCCACCAGCAGUUAGGACAGUUUCUGAAUGAAAUAUGAGGAAACAAUCACUGAAAACAGCUGUGUUUUUUCUCUUUAAAGAGGAGGGUCAUUUUAGAAGAAAAAAAUUAACCCUAAAAAAAAUUCAAAGACUCAAUUGGGUUUUUUGUCAUAAGAUUCAGACACAGCCAGGAAAGUUGAUAUUUGUUGAAAUCAUGAGGGGAUUUUUUUUUUUUUUUUAAAUGCAGGAGGAACCGUCAUGUUC